AUGACCUUCUUCCCCAACCUAAAACCUGCUGGGGGGCAAUGGGUGGAAGAGCUACACAUUGUCCUUUGGAUCUAUCGCAUCACCUCGCGAACCCUAAUCAGGGAAACUCCAUCAAACUUAUGUUUCGACACCAAGACUAUCAGCCCAGUUGAUAUCAGAGUUCCAAACCCACGAGUUAAGAAUUUCGACUCAGAAAACAACGAGAAAAAGCUACGACAAAAUUUGGAUCUCCUCCCAGAAACACGCGAUGUGACCCACCUUAGAGCAGCUUUCUUUCGCCAAAGAUUCGCUCGCCACUCUCAAUUAGAGACCUUCGACGACACCAAGGCUGGCGUUAAAGGCCUCGUGGACGCCGGCAUUACCGAAAUUCCUCAUUUCUUCCGCCACCCGCCUGGUGUUAUAGAAGUUCCUCAGCCGGCGUCUGCUGUCAAGGCAGAGAUUCCGGUCAUCGAUCUCGGCAUAAUCAACGGAGGCUCGAUGGGGCGGGACAAAGUGGUGGAGCUCGUGAGAAUGGCGUCGGAGACAUUUGGUUUCUUCCAGGUAGUGAAUCACGGGAUUCCUCCGGCUGUGCUGGACGAGAUGCUGGAAGGCGUCAGAAGAUUUAACGAGCAGGAGUUGGAGGCAAAGAUGAAACAUUACGUGCGCGAUCAGAAAAGUCCUGUGUUCUUUAACAGUAAUUUCGAUCUGUACCAAUCUAAGGUGGCCAAUUGGAGGGACACUCUCUUCUGCACAAUCAAGCCGGAGGCCGCCGCCAAGCCGAAUGACAUUCCGGAAAUUUGCAGAGAUAUAAUUAUGGAAUACGGGAGUCACGUCCAAAGGUUAGGACAUCUUCUAUUUGAGCUGCUAUCAGAGGGACUUGGGUUGGAAACUCAACGUUUGAAUGAUUUGGAUUGCGGGGAAGGGUUGUCACUUUUGUGCCACUAUUAUCCACCCUGCCCUCAGCCAGAGCUGGCUAUUGGGAUAAGCAAACAUGCGGAUCCUGACUUCUUAACUGUUGUUCUUCAAGAUAGUAUUGGUGGAUUAGAAGUUCUUUAUGAGAAUCAGUGGGUUGAUGUCCCCCCAAUUCAUGGAGCUCUUGUUAUUAACAUUGGUGAUCUUGUACAGUUGAUCACUAAUGAAAAAUUCAAGAGCGUUGAGCACAGAGUACGUACAAGCAAAAUCGGGCCAAGAAUCUCUGUUGCGUGUUUCUUCUCCACACAUUACUGUCCAUCUGAGAGGACUUAUGCCCCAAUAAAAGAGCUAUUAUCAGAGACAAAUCCUCCUAAAUACAAAGAAGUUGUUGUAAGUGAAUACGAACAUUAUUCUAGAUCAAAAGGACUUGAUGGUAUAUCUGCAUUGGACAAAUUUAGAAUAUGAUCAGCUAUCAUAUAUGUGAUCUAAAUGUGUGGUCAUGUGGAAACCUUAAUAAUGUUAUGAGUGUAUUAAUAAAUGAGUUUUGUCCUUUUGAUGGUAAAUCUACGAUGGACAGAUUAAGUUCAAUUAGCGGAUAUGUGAUUUAAAUGUGUGGUCGUGUCUAUGAGAUUAUUAAUAUUUGAGUUG